UUUCGUUUUACCCCCGUAGAGUGCAAUGCGCGCAGACAACGCGGAGCAAGAAUUAUAUGUUUGACAGAUAUGAUGAUAAGUUUUCCAAAUGCUGUCCGACAGUCGUUGACAGAGAAGACAUAAAAAUCGGUGGGCAACCUCGUAUUUUGACCCACCGAAAUAUCAUGAGCGGCGUUGUUGUGGACAAUUCACCAGACUGGUGGCCGACCUUGCAGGCCGUUCAGCUAAGCAAUUUCUGCAGCAUUGCUGCCGUCGCCGUCGUGUGGCAUGAUUAUUCACUCUUAUUCACGCGCGAGGUAGGAUUUCUUCCCAAAGGAAGUGAAUCAUUAUCACAACUCGAUUUUCUAGGUCAACCACAUCUGGAGGGCACAGUGGUCCAUCAUGUCGAGCCUAUACGUAGUGGUUCGCUACCUUGGAAUGAUACUUGCGUUGAAUUAUUUCGUCUUCAAUGCAAACAUAUACAUGUCACCUUCAGCGUUGCCAUUGACCGUUUUGAAAACUGGGGAAGUUUUGUUUUUCAAAUGACAUCUCAGGCCAUUAUGUCGAUGCGCAUCUAUGCCAUGUACAUGCAGUCCAGAACAGUCUUGGCUCUGUUAACUACAUUCUUCCUUGCUACCGCCGGACUGGGGAUCGCAGUGGGCGUCACUGUGCUAGGUCCCAAAAGUGGUAUUUCUGCCACCGAGUUCGUCCUAUCAGGCAUCAACGUGUGCGGCCCGAGCGUCAACACAGCCUCCAGUCUCCCGCUGGCAUACGAUAUAUUUGGGCUCUGCACCUCUGUUUUGCAAUUCGCACUUGCCGUCGGCCGCUUCACCCAGCAUGCGCUAGAAAUGCGACAAAUGCUGCAUCGGUGGCAAGUGAACGAAUUCAUGAAAAUUCUCGUGCAAGAUAGCAUACUCUACUUCUUACUAAACGUGAUCAGCACAGUCAUAUUUAUGAUCAGUGUAUGGGGCCAGCCACAAGAUUCUACUUACUUUGCCGUGGUCACAGCGUACACGCAAAACCAAAGCUCUGUGCUCGUCCCUCGGCUCGUAAUCAGUUUUCGGGAGCAUCAUUCACAUGGACGUCAUCUGAACCAUAGUAAGUCGGAUGACCAGAAGGAACAGGAGACGAUGCGUUUUCACCAUCCGGAGCAUAGUCAGGAUCUUGAGAUGAGAAGUUUGGAGGAAUGAAUUGAGCCGUUCGUUUUCAUGUAUGAAACGAGUUGUAUACCGAGUAUAUACUAAUUGAUGAGAUCAUGCAUGCAUG